AUGCGUGGAGAGAUAAGUUCUUCCUUGCUUGUUCUGCGUCAUUUGGAGCACCUAGAUCUCAGUGGGAACUAUCUUGGGGGAGUAGGCGUGCCGAUACCAAGAUUCUUGGGCUCUCUCCCGAGCUUGGUAUAUCUCAACCUCUCCUCCAUGGAUUUCGACGGGAAGGUGCCCCCUCAACUUGGCAACCUCUCCAGGUUACUAUAUCUUGACCUCAACAACAUUUGGAAUCCUAAUGUGCAUUAUGCUGAUGAUAAUAUAUUGCAUGCUGAGGAUAUAUCGUGGUUACCACGUCUUCCUUCGCUAAGGUUUCUCGACAUGAGUGGUGUGAAUCUCACCGCUGUUGGCAACUGGGUUCAAGUGCUUAGCAUGCUUUCUAAUCUGAGAGCACUUCGUCUUUCUGAAUGUUAUCUUAUCUUUCCACACACACCUAUUCUGCAUUCUAACCUCACAUCACUUGAGAUGCUUGAUCUAACAGAAAACGGGGUUGACACCUUGAAUCCAACCUACUGGUUCUGGGAUGUUGGCACCAUCAGGCAUCUUGAUCUCACGAAUAACAUAAUUUCUGAACCUUUUCUGGAUGCAAUGGGAAAUAUGACCUCCCUUGAGGUACUUAAACUUGGAGGCAAUUACCUCACAGGUGUAAGAACCGAAAUGCUGAACAAUCUGUGCAAUUUGAGAGUGCUAACACUGUGGUCAAAUCCGAUCAACCAAGACAUUUCAGAAGUUUUGAAGGGGUUGCCUCAGUGCGCAUGGAGUAAGAUAGAGUUGCUAGAUCUAUCUUGUACCAAUAUCAGUGGGGAAAUUCCAAAGUGGAUUAACCAAUGGACUAAUUUGAGCAUUCUUCAACUCUCUUCAAAUAGGCUUGUAGGAUCAAUACCUAUUGAAAUUGGUAUGCUCAGCAAACUCAACCAGUUGUAUCUCGAUGGUAAUCAGUUAAAUGGCUCUAUAUCGGAGGAACAUUUCGCCAGUUCAGUGAAUUUGGAGGAACUGGACUUGUCUUACAACUCCCUACACAUGAUGAUCAACUCGCACUGGAUUCCUCCCUUUAAACUGCAUCUGGCUUAUUUCCCUCGGAGCGAAGUUGGACCUCAGUUUCCUUUGUGGCUUAAAGGGCAGAGCAACAUUACUAAUCUUGACAUUUCUGAUGCAAGCAUAGUUGAUCAUCUCCCAGAUUGGUUUUGGACUGUAUUUUCAAAUGUUCAAUAUUUGAACAUCUCUUGUAAUCAGAUCAGUGGCAGGUUACCAAGGACACUUGAAUUUAUGCCUUCUGCUCUAAUAUUUGACCUCAACUCCAAUAACCUCACUGGUACUCUACCGCACCUACCAAGGCAUUUGAUAGAGCUUGACAUUUCCAGAAACUCUUUAUCAGGGCCACUACCGCAACAAUUUUGGGCUCCAUCCCUCAUGGAUUUAUUGCUUUCUGAGAAUAGUAUCAAUGGCACUAUACCACCAUAUAUUUGUCAGUUGCAGUUACUGCAAGUUCUGGACCUCGCAAAGAACUGUCUUGUAGGACAAUUUCCCCUCUGUCCAGAGGUAUCCGAAGGAAGAUUCAUUAAAGCUAUAAUUUUAAAUGAAAACAACCUUUCUGGUGAAUUCCCUUCAUUCUUACAGAGCUGCCCAGAGUUGAUUCUACUUGAUCUUGCCAAUAACAAAUUUGAUGGAGAGUUACCAACAUGGAUAGCCAAGAAAUUGCCAGAUUUGUCUUAUCUCCGGCUGCGGCAUAAUGUGUUUUCUGGUUCUAUUCCAAUUGAGGUCACACACCUUGGAUACCUGCAAUACUUGGACCUUGCAGAUAACAGAAUAUCAGGAUCAAUACCUCAUACAUUGGGUAACUUGAAAGCUAUGGUUGAGGAUCAGACACAAUCACAAGGUAACCCUUUAACGUGGAGCUACGAAAGGCCAGCAAACCCUGACACGUACGCUGGAGCAAAAUAUGAUGAUAGCUUAGAAGUGGUAAUGAAAGGUCAAUACCUUGAUUACACUAGCAACAUCAUUUAUAUGGUUGGUCUUGACUUGUCCUGCAACAAUUUAGUUGGAGAUAUUCCAGCUGAAAUAACAUCUCUAGUUAAUCUGAAGAACCUGAACAUCUCCUAUAAUCGGUUGUCCGGUAAGAUCCCAGAGAAUAUUGGCUUUCUUGGAUCAUUGGAGUCUCUCGACCUGUCAUGCAAUGAACUCUCUGGAGAAAUUCCUUCUGGUUUCUCAGACAUGACAAUGUUAAGCAAGAUGAACCUGUCAUACAAUAAUCUAUCAGGAAGAAUUCCCACCGGGAAUCAGCUCCAGACGCUCAUUGAUCCAAAUUCAUCGUACAUCGGCAACAAAUACCUUUGUGGGCCUCCUCUUUCGAGGAACUGUUCAGGGCCUAAGGUAUUUGGAGGGGAUCUUGACAAGCAUCAAGUAGAGGCGAGGUUUUUCUAUCUUGGCCUGGCUGCAGGAUUUAUCCUUGGUCUUUGGGUGGUCUUUGUUCUCUUUUUAUUUUGUAAGAGCAGAGUUACUUGUUUCCAACUGUUUGACAAGCUAGCGCGUGCUAUACAAGCAUUCAUGGCCUGA